CACAGCCUCUGAUCAGGGGGUUUACUAAUGGAGUACAUAGUGCAACCACAAUGACAAAAAUAUGGACAAAACUGUUCCAAGAUCCAAGCCUUCCCGCAUUCCAAAUGUCUGGGUUCCAUGUCAAGAUUAUGAUCCACCAUCACCUCAGUACUAUUUUGACUACCUAAAUAGUCACAACCAUGGUCUUCGCUCAAAACUUGAUCAUUUUCUUUACCCUACUUUUUAGCUUCGUAGUCACAAUUGAGCAAGUAUCAGGCCGUGCGAAUAAGUCCUCGUUGCAUUCAGUGGGAUUUCACAGACAGAAAAAACUCUUCAGUCUGUUCAAUAUUGUUCAAUUCCAAAAUGAUCCUUGUCAAGCACUGGCUGCUUUGCGCACAAGUGGAACAUGUUUGAGUGCGCAAGAAUGUUCCAGUCAAGGCGGAACCAUGGACGGAAAUUGUGCUUCAGGCUUUGGAGUGUGUUGUAUUUUCACUGUGACUGGUUGUGGUGGGACAGUCACUAGGAACUGUACUUAUGUGCGGAAUAUGGGCUUUCCUGCACCGGAUACAAACACGGGCAGGACUUGCACAGUGAACAUCAAUCGGGCAGUCAUGGAUGUUUGUCAAAUCAGGUUGGAUUUUGGACCCACGACAAUGAUUCCACUUGGAACCUUGCCAGGAGAAUGCGGCGGAACGGGUGACAGUUUGACCGUGCUGAGUCCUCACUCGCGUUCCCAAAGUGCUUUUCCACCACCUGUUUGUGGAACACUCACCGGCCAACAUAUGUACUUCGAAAGUGGUCGGAGUGGAGCCUUGGCCGGACAAAUUAACAUCGCCCAAGGAUCCGUCGCAGGGGGACGACAAUACAACAUCAAAGUGUCGUACAUUUCGUGCAAUAGCAAACUCCGGUAGGGACGGAAAAACCUUGUUCCCGCUUUAGUUCGUUCGGGAUAGACACACUUGGCAGUGGCUCCUUUUCAUUUUCCAAGGAGCCUUCCAUGAAUGUUUCCAACAUUUGUACAUCUGUAGAUCGUGUCAAAUCUUUCACCUUAAAAUAUAGUUUCCCGUAUUUCCAGAGCUCCAAGUGGAUGCACCCAAUACUUCACGGAACGCACGGGAACGAUCACCUCCUACAAUUUCCCGGGUGGACAGAUCUUGGCCGACCAAGUCUAUGGGAAUUGUAUCCGCCAAAAUAAAGGUAUGUCCCAGGAUAGGAUGGUUU